GGAAGAGAUAUAAAAUAUGAAUGCAAGUGUACUGACUGGAUGAAACUUUGCAGCCAUGAAGUCCCUGGUCUUUGUUCUGCUCAUUGGAGCUGCUUUUGCUGCGGAAGAUGACAAAAUCGUCGGUGGGUAUGAGUGCACACCUCACUCCCAGCCCCAUCAGGUGUCUCUGAAUAUUGGGUACCACUUCUGUGGAGGCUCCCUGGUCAACGAGAACUGGGUGGUGUCUGCUGCUCACUGCUACAAGUCUCGCAUUGAGGUGCGUAUGGGAGAGCAUCACAUCGGAGUCACUGAGGGAAACGAGCAGUUCAUCAGCUCCCUCAGUGUCAUCACACACCCCUACUAUGAUCGCUACAGCCUCAUGAAUGACAUCAUGCUGAUCAAGCUGAGCAAGCCCGCCACCCUCAACCAGUACGUGCAGCCCGUGGCUCUGCCCAGCAGCUGUGCCCCCGCUGGCACCAUGUGCACCGUCUCCGGCUGGGGAAGCACCCAGAGCUCCACUGCUGACGGCAACAGGCUGCAGUGUGUUGCCGUCCCCAUCCUCUCUUAUGAAGACUGUAAUAACUCCUACCCCGGCAUGACCGACAACACCAUGUUCUGUGCCGGAUACCUGGAGGGAGGCAAGGACUCCUGCCAGGGAGACUCUGGUGGUCCUGUGGUGUGUGACAGUGAGCUGCAGGGUGUUGUGUCCUGGGGCUACGGGUGUGCUGAGAAGAACCACCCCGGUGUCUAUUCCAAGGUGUGUGUGCAGACUGAGUGGCUGCGCAACACAAUGGCUACCUAUUAACUCCACGAUGCAACCUCCACAGCAGACACACAUAUACUGUCUGUCCUAAUGCUAACUGUCUUUGCUGGAUUUAUAGUGAAAUAAAUAAAUUGAUUGAAAUGAA